UCCCCCUCCUCGCCCCCCUCCCGUCGGGGGAUGCCCAUGCGCUCUCCUCUCGCUCCACACUUCGCUCUCAGUCCCUCCCAACCCUCUCCCGUCGCAGCGCAGCCGCGGCGGGCGCCCAUGGCAGAAUUCUUCAGGUCACUGAUCGUUACUGCCAAGACAAUUGCUACCAUGAUAAUUCACCCCUCGCUUUGCCAGAGUGAGGAAUUGCUUGCAUGGAUGGAGUGCCCAAAUUGCAAGUACCGCAUUGAUAAUACUGAUGUUUUAUCACAGUGGCCAGGACUCCCUGCUGGUGUUAAAUUUGAUCCAACUGAUCUCGAACUGCUUGAACAUUUAGAAGGAAAGGUUGGCAGGGCAGCGUCCCAUGUACUAAUAGAUGAUUUUAUUCCAACCAUAGAGGAGGCCCAAGGAAUCUGCUAUACACAUCCGGAAAAUCUCCCUGGUAUCAAGAUGGACGGGAGCACCGGUCACUUCUUCCACAAAGUAUCCAAUGCAUACGUUGUUGGCAAGCGUAAGCGUCGCAAGAUUAGCAAUAGUGAGCACACUGUUUGUGAUGAGAAUCUCAGAUGGCACAAGACUGGAAAAUCCAGAUCUAUCUUAGAUAAUAACGGUGUCAUAAAAGGGUGGAAGAAAAUAUUGGUUCUUUACAUAGGUUAUCGGAAAGGAGGUGGCAAGACAGAGAAAACUAAUUGGAGAAUGCAUCAGUACCACCUUGGGGUAGAUCAAGAUGAAAAACAGGAGGAACUUGUUGUUUCCAAAGUCUUUUAUCAGGUGCAGUCAAUGAAUGACUCGUUGCCUCUGCAGACUCGUUGCCCAAACGGUAGUCCAUCCGGAACCGAGCAGAAUCAGGAGGAAGGACAGUCCGGCAUGUCUACUGUUCGGGAAGCCGUGGAAUGGCUCGCUGGAAGCUCGUCGCAUGCCGUGGAGGACGCACCGCUGUCUGGCCUGGAUGAGCACCUGUCAAGCGACGGAACCCCGGACGCCGCAUACCCUGUGGGGCAGCCUCUGCCUCUUGACGCGUCGGAGGCGCUCCAGGGGUUCGCCGACCUCGGAGCGCCUCCGGAUGUCUCCCUUCCGCCCCACACGCAGUUCGGGCGGCAGGAUAGCAUGGAGAUGUGGCUGGUCAGCGUGUUAACAGAGGAUGAGGGUGUGUUUGAAGCAGCGGAGCAACAAGAAGAGGCUGGUUUUUCUCCGUGAUGUAGUAGUAUGUUGUAUCUCUGUGCAUGAGCGACGGAUCUCCUAGAAAAUUUUGUAUAUGAUCCUGGAGCUUGCCAACUGAACGUAGCUCGGCUAUGUUUAAUGUUUGUUGUAGUAAGUAGCAGACAUUUGUUUUCAAAUGUAAAUGUGGGAGCACCGCUUCCAAUUUCAUA